AUGGCACAGCUGGAGACUAUCGACAUCCCUCACCUGCCCUUGUCACUUCCGGUGCAUGUGGCGCUGUACCGCAAUGUCGAAAAUGCGGAGUUACUGAAGCAGGAACUGCUUGCCGGCAACUCGGAGUUUGAAUAUGCCUUGAUCGAUGCUAGCAUGGUUCUAUCGCGAGCCCACGCGAUCACAGCCAUCUUCAGGGCUGUCAAUGACUACAUGAAUGACCGGCUCAAGUCCCGCAAUGUGCACUCGGAGAUUGUGUUCUCAUUCAGCUCAACAAACAAUAUUGCGGAUUCUUUCCGCAAGUUCGGCAUUGCCGACUCCACUAAAGAUCUGCUGGUGGUCAAAGUCUCUGUGACCCCGGAGAUAACCCAUGACUCCGUAGCAGCGCACCUGGAAGCUUCUAUUAAGGGAACACCAGUGCCGUUUGAUGAUGAGACAUUGUCGCAGAUCUCUGACGUCGCAAAGAUCAAGAAGUUCUACAAGCUUGGUGCCCUGCCGGACCCCAAAGCCACUGGUCAGGCUAAUGGCACCCACGCUGAUGAUGCCAAACGUCGACUGGAGCUCUCGUUGCUAGGUGCUAUUGCCUUGAGGGGAUCAUGAUAGAAUGCUCCAUACUGGACGGUCUCCAUAC